UUGUUUCAGAUAAUCUUUGAACAGAUGGUGAGUAGUAUAAUGGAAGAUGAGGAUAGAGAAGUAGAGAAGACUGAGGAUAAACAAAUUCAAACAUUAGAAAUACAAUCUAUACAGUAUGAGGGAUACAAGUGUGAGCUACAGAUGCCAGAUAUUAUGAGAUUAAUUCAAGCAGAUCUUUCAGAACCUUACAGUAUUUAUACAUACCGAUACUUUAUACACAACUGGCCAAACCUCUGCUAUAUUGCUAGGCAUGGUUCUAAAUACGUUGGAGCCAUUGUAUGUAAACUUGAUUAUCACAAGGGUGCUGUGACGAAACGUGGUUAUAUAGCAAUGUUAGCAGUCGACGAGAAUUAUAGAAAGCGAAAAAUUGGCGCAACUCUAGUAAAAAAAGCAAUUGAGGCUAUGAUUCUGGAUAUGGCCGACGAGGUUGUGCUUGAGACCGAGGUUACAAACAAGGCCGCCCUCCAGCUCUACGAACGCCUCGGGUUUGUCAGGGAUAAGAGAUUGUUCCGAUAUUAUCUCAACGGCGUGGAUGCUCUCAGAUUAAAACUCUGGUUGAAAUAAACAAUGAAUUAUUUCGUAUUAAAAUGUCUCAAAUAUUCAAAUAAGAUUUGUGAAAUCGAACCGGUGUGGCGUUAUUUCUGGAUAAACAUUAAGUAAUGGUAGUAGACUCUACGUAGCAAAUUUUCCCCGGCAUCCGCGCAUUUUUUUGCAGUUUACGACAAUUAUAUUCAUUAGAAAUUAUUUUUAUACACUUAAAUAUAAAAUUUAUACUUUAUAAUGCGAGUACAGAAGUAAUUAACUAUACAUUAAACUCUCAUUAGUUGCAAGUAUCAAAAUCGAAACAAUUAACUUAAGUAAACUAAGUUGUAAUAUCGAUCCAUAAUGUUAAAACAAUUGAUUUUUACUGUCUGUCGCUCAGCAAAACUUGAUUGAUUCUCAAAUAUGAGAAAUACUUUCACUUAAUUUACUGUUUACAUUCACAGAAUUGUGCGCGAAUGCCGCGGAAAAUUUGCUGCGUAGAGACUACUACCAUUAUUUAACGUUUACCCAGAAAUAACGCCACACCUGUGAACCAUGGAACUCUGCCAUGAUUUUGAUCCUAAGCAACUCUCCCGAGGUUCUGUUUAUCCUCCAGUAUUUAUUUAUUUGUUAUAGAAGUGUAUCAUCAUUCUUUUCCUUUGUUGAAAAAAAAUUAUUGUUAAAAUUGCGUUUCAGA